AUGUCUUUCUCCCCUUCAGGCUUUCAUACACCCCCCCAACGACGUUCUCUCGGCUCACCACGACGUCACUCAGUUGGCUCACCUUUACGCUCACGAGAACUAAACAUACUUCCAAAUGAUGCCGAAAUCGAAAAGAUAGCACGUCGGCGGUCGUUUAUUGACAAUCAACGAAAGUCGUUAACCGAAACCCCUGUUCUUCCUAGCAGAGGUCCAAGUAAAGAAAACAGUAAUUCAAGACUAUCUAUUACGUCACCCUUGUCAACGCCUAGGAAGACUGUCACGAGAAACAUUGAAGUCGUUACACCUCAACCCAGACUUCCGCUUGAGCAGAUGCACAAUAAUUUCGAGGAAUGGAUAAAAAUGGCUACUGAUAAUAAAAUCAACCGUUCAAACAGCUGGAAGCUUGCUUUAAUAGAUUACUUUCAUGAGAUGGCGUUUCUAAAAGACGGAGACUCGAUCAACUUCCAAAAGGCUUCAUGUACACUAGAUGGAUGUGUAAAAAUAUAUACUUCGCGUGUAGAUUCGGUCGCAACCGAGACCGAAAGACUGCUCAGUGGGCUUGCUGACAGUACAAAAAAUAGAUUUCGAGAUGAAGAAGACUCUAACCAGACGGAGGAAGCCGAAGAAGAUCAAGAUGCUCAAACGAAACAAAGGCGCAAAAAGCCUCGUACAGAACAGACACUAGCAAAAGAUCCAUCUGCCAUCUGCGUCAAAGACUGGGAUCUCGAAUAUCAAGUCGAUCCCCUAUGGAAAAAAAUGGCAGCCGAUUUCGAUGAAGGAGGCGCUCGCGGACUGUUGCUAAAUCAAUUGGCAGUUGAUGCCGAGGGAAGGAUUGUGUUUGAUACUAGUGAAGCGGUCGUUGAUGACGGCAGCGAGAGUGCCGGUAUCGAGAUGGAUAUGACGAAACUUGUGUUACAAUUUCGUGACAACCUGCGGACCAUCUCAGCCAAGGAUAUCUGCCCAACGUUAAAGUCAUUCAACUUCCACCCUUCCUCCACGUUUGACACUUCCAAUCUUCCGUCCCAUUUCAUUGCUUCGCCUUCGGCCCCACAAUUCAACAUGUUCAACACCACUGAUGAUAUUGACGCAAUGAUGACUACAGACGCGGACAUACUAGACGACGCAUUUAACGAUAGUCUAGAAAAUCCCUUUCUUGUAACAGAGACAGAUGCAUUUCCACCUUCCAGCCCAACACCUAAUAACAGAAAUCGACCAGUAUUUACUGAAAGAGAUAUCAUAAUGGGAAUGGCCGUUGACGACAACAUGUUUUCAUAUUUUGAUUCGGCAUUCUUACGAAACUGGGCUGGGCCCGAGCAUUGGAAGAUCCGAUCGGGUGGGAGAGGGCGUGGUGGGAAUGGUAACGGUAAUGGCGAAGACGUUACUGGUAAUUCUAAUGACGGCGACGGCGAAAAUGAGCAAGAAGACAGACAGCCGAGAAGACGCCCAGCGAAAGAACCCUUUUUCGUGGAUUUCCAUAGUGAUAAUACGGACGGAAGCAGACUAUUCGUUCCGGCUACUACAUCGAUUAAUCUACCCAAAGCCGUGGAAAAGAGUGGGCACAGGUAUUUAUUACCGGAUGACAUACAUUUCAACUCGAAGCAGUUGUUGCAAUUGUUUAUCAAGCCACGUUGUAAGUUGGGCAUAAGGCGUGCCGUUGAAGAAGAUAGACCGAAUGAUCAGAUUCCAGAGUUUGGGGACGAUUCAGCUCCAGAUGUAUCAGCCGAGUUUUGGGCCACACACGCAGACGAUCAGUUUAGCGAUGCUGGAUUCUUUAGGGGAACCAAUGCCACGAAUGCCGUUGAUGCCGACAAUGAUGACGAUUGGUUUGACUUUGAUGAUUGUAUCGGUGAACAGGCAUCACGAGUGCGGCCCGAAUUUGUCAAUUAUGCAAAGACGGCGAAGAGAGUUGACGUUAAAAAAUUAAAGGAAAAUAUUUGGAAGACAUUGGUUAAUGAAGACAACGCAGGCGAGGUCAGUAUGAGAUUUUGUCAAGUGAAUUGGAUUGGAUGGCUUCGAGGUUCUGCGUUACGACGGACCUGGCGCGUUCCAUCUUACCGACCUUCGGCAUUUGUUUAUCCGAAACAUUAUUCUUAUAUUUAUUUCUGA